CCUCAACUUUUGAGUCCUCGUCAGUACUGUACUUGAGGUCCUGCAGGACAUCGCGAACGCGUAUCUUACUCCUUCCGGCAUAUCACACCAUAUAUUCUUUUUUUUUUAAUCUCAAAACUUUCCUCAAAUAGCCACAGGGGUGUCUGUGUGGCAAGGAGUGUCUUGAGGAUUUUAGGUGGUUUUCAUAUUGAAAAUUGUUGUGUGUGCAUUUUGUCCUUCUUUUCUUUUCCGAGACCCCCAUUGGCGGUGGUCAUUGUGGGAGUCAGUUGAUGUGGAGGAAAUGAAAGGAGGAAAAUUGUGUGAAAAUAUUUUGUUGAGUUGUGCAUAAAUUGGUGAAGGGAAUUUGUGAUGAAAUGCAAUGAAAUUGUGAAGAAUUUUCUUGGGAAAAUUCAGGGAAAAGCUGCAAUCACGGAAGACAACGUUGGGAACACACUGCUAAAAUAUUGAUUUUUCCCCGCAAAAGAUGGCGACGGAUUUUUCAACGUUCACCAUUGACUCAAUUUCCUCGUGAUUCGCCACACUGUAGAGGUGUCUUCAAAGUAUUUUUUUCCUCACUCCCAACUGUGGGUGUUUAGUGGCUAUAUACAUAAUUUUCCGUGAAGCUCCAGACCUUCAUCCUUAACGCCUGUCUCGCCCUAUUGAAUCUACCUACAUACAUAAUAUCGUGUUGAAGACACUUCCCAUAUUUAGGCAGUGUUUGUGCAUACAACCCCCUUAUCCUCGAGGACACAUCUUCUGCAUUUUUGCCGUCGACAAGCAUGGAAUUGAGAGGAUUUUCACCAUUUUCUGCAACUACCAGAAAUGCAUAUUGGUGGAAAAAUGCCAUAGAGGCCAGAGAUUAAUGUGGCGGAAUUUCUGAGAGUGGCAGCAGGAGGUGAUAAAAGGCGACAAGAAGGACUUUUUAUAAAAAGGAUCCAUCGCAGAGUAUACGUAUAGGCACAAUGCAGAAGGAGGGUAAUUCCACAGGGGAGAAUUACCAAUAUGUUGGGCCCUAUCGCCUAGAGAAGACCCUGGGCAAGGGUCAGACGGGCCUAGUUAAGCUCGGUGUCCACUGUGUACUUGGCAAAAAAGUGGCCAUCAAAAUAAUCAACAGAGAAAAAUUGAGCGAAUCUGUCCUGAUGAAGGUCGAGAGAGAAAUUGCCAUUAUGAAGCUAAUCGACCAUCCACAUGUGCUCGGCCUUUCCGAUGUCUACGAGAACAAGAAAUACUUGUACCUCGUGUUGGAGCACGUAUCAGGAGGAGAAUUAUUUGACUAUUUGGUCAAAAAGGGCAGACUUACCCCGAAGGAAGCUCGCAAAUUCUUCCGGCAGAUCAUCUCAGCACUGGAUUUCUGCCAUUCCCAUUCAAUCUGCCAUCGUGAUCUCAAACCCGAAAAUCUUCUUCUAGAUGAGAAGAACAACAUAAAAAUUGCAGACUUUGGGAUGGCGUCUCUCCAGCCGGCAGGUUCAAUGCUGGAAACAUCCUGUGGAUCACCACACUAUGCGUGCCCAGAAGUUAUUCGUGGCGAAAAGUAUGAUGGUCGUCGUGCUGAUGUCUGGUCGUGCGGUGUCAUCCUCUAUGCCCUUCUUGUGGGUGCUCUACCCUUUGAUGAUGAUAAUUUGCGGCAGCUCCUUGAGAAAGUGAAGCGUGGUGUCUUUCACAUUCCGCACUUUGUGCCACCAGACUGCCAGAGUCUCCUGCGGGGGAUGAUCGAAGUGAAUCCCGACAAAAGGCUCACGCUGCAGGAAAUUAAUCGGCAUCCAUGGGUAACGGCUGGUGGAAAGGGAGAGCUGGAAUUGGAACUACCCAUGAUGGAGGUAGUCCAGACACACAUCAUCCCGUCCGCGUCUGCCGUAGAUCCGGACGUUCUUAAUGCAAUUUGCUCGCUGGGGUGCUUCAAGGAAAAGGAGAAACUCAUUGCUGAACUUCUUAGUCCCAAUCACAACACGGAAAAGGUGAUUUAUUUCUUACUUCUGGAGCGGAAAAGACGAAGACCCGCACUGGAGGAUGACGAGGAACCAGGGCGCUCCCGCAGUGAAACCAACGAUGCUCCGGAUCCGCCGAGAAAGAGGCUCGAUACAUGUCGCAUUAACGGACAAAAUGUAGCAACUUUUGGGCAAAUAAGCGAAGGUUCACCACUAACGCCACGCCGACAGGCUUUCAACUUCCGCUCGUACAGCAAUGGUAGGAGUCACAAUCGGCGGUCGCCAUCAUCGGCGCCAUCGACACGCUCCUCCUCAUACCACAGCCCCACGAGAAAUCCCGCAGCCCUCAGUUCGGCGAGCCAAACUUCGGGCUCACGCCCUGCCUCACCAGCUCUACAGGCACGGCAUUCAACCCAUGGGGGUGCAGUCAUACCAACUAAUCGCAAUUCCCUGCAACCACCAUCAGCUGCCAUCAUUUCAGCCGAUCAAUCGCCCGCACAUCAUCGUGCCAAUUCUGGCCCCACGAUCAACAUAAGUCUCUUCCCCGAUGCAGACGCCAAUAGUCUACAACUUUCCGUAAUGACACCACCUGGAUCACCCCAUUUGAGUGGAGGACCUCCACCACUUAUGACGGGAUCCACGUGCGCCUCAACUGCAGGUCAAUUGUGGAAGAAUCGUCUGACAAACAUCAAGAACAGCUUUUUAGGUAGUCCUCGUUUCCACAGACGGAAACUUCAAGUGUCUUCAGAUGAAGUCCACUUGACACCUGAUUCAUCACCUGAACUGACGAAGCGUUCAUGGUUUGGGAAUUUGAUGACAACGGAGAAGGAUGAAACGUUUACGGUGCUCGUGAAGGGAAAGCCUUUGGCUACGGUUAAAGCUCAUCUCAUUCAUGCAUUCCUUUCUAUGGCUGAAUUGUCGCACAGCGUGAUAUCACCAAUGUCCUUUCGUGUGGAAUACAAGCGCAAUGGCACAGGUCCAGCCAUGUUUCAGCGUCAUGUUCGCUUCCAAGUGGACAUAAGUGCAAUAUGCAAGCAGGGAGAUGUUGCCGAUAUGCUCUUUGCAAUCACUUUCACCCUACUUUCAGGCAAUAUCCGUCGUUUCCGGCGAAUAUGUGAACAUAUUCAGGUAUUUUGUUCUGUCUUUCCCGACAAACACAACAUGAAUCACCAGUUGAAAUCUCAGUCCCAGGUUUGCUCAAAACGGUUCCCCAUGCCAAGUAGUCCUCCGGGACCGUCGACUGUCUCCCAAGCUGUCUCCGAAAGUUCCUCAUGCGGAUCAGAUUCCAGUGAAAGGUUGUGCUACAAGCGACAGGUGAGUUUCAACAUUAUCCAAUAUUGCUUUUUUUGUAUUUUGGUGUUGGAAGAAAAAAAUGGUUGCACUUCACGUGGUAAGGUGAUAAAGUUCUUGCAGAUUGAAAAUGAACUGGAAAAUGAGACUAUAUUCGACAUGAAAUCAUCUACGGGACGUAGAUCAUCUGCUAGUACUAACAACAACAAUACAACAACACCAUGUGAUCCAGGGAGUCCGAAAACCGUCAGAUCAAAGUGAGUUAAAUGCAGAUUUUCUUUUAAAUUCUCAAAAUGAUUUAAAAAAAUUUAAUUUUUAAUUUUUUUUGGCAAUAAAAGAUGAAAUUAUGAAUUAAGUUCACUUCGGAAAUAAUUCGUUUCUUUUCGUACAUUCCUCGUGUUGGAUUUUACGUCAAAAUUCAAUUUUUAAAUCUGACACACAAAAUUUAACGCCUUUGUUACUUUUUUUACAUUUCAUUGUAAAUUUCCUUUUCAACAGUUCUGAAUCAUCGGAUCACGAACGUUUGCGUGAUCGUGCCGAGGAACGCCCUACGACGAUGUCAGGAAGUGCAAUCGCCUGAGAAUUAUUUCUCUGAUUUAGUUGCCGAUUAAAUAGGAUUUUACUCAAGACAUCAUCACCAUCAGCAACGACACAUUCAUCGCAAGACAUCAUCAAUCCCACAUCAACUGCAUGCUGCUCAUCGGACAUCCUCCGGAUGACCAUUUUUGCUUUGGUCCCCGUUUCCGCAAUUGCAGCCCUCCUCUUUUGCAAGCAUACCACCUCCAAUAGGGAUUUGUGAGAAGGCAAAAAAAAGAAAAUAAUGAAAAAAGCCGCGACUUUUUGCUGCAUGAAGAAUCGCGUUUUGGUGAGAUGAAUCUUCUUUAAUCGGAGAAUUUUUUGGAAAAACUAAAUCAGAGAAUAUUCGUGUAAAACACAGAGAAAAUUAUCAAAAAAACUUAAUAAAUAAUAAUAAAUUGGAAAGGAGAAAAUAAAAUAUAACAUUAAAAGAAAAUUAUAGGAAAAGUGUGUGAAAAACUGAUAUAUUAGAUGCCGCUAAAAUUGUUAAUUAGCAACUUUUGAAAGUUUUUUUUAAUUGAAAAGUAUUUUCAAAACAAAAUUGACAAAAUAAUCAGAAUAAUCUGGAAGAAAUUCAAAAGAAAAUUGAUUUUGCAGAGAAGAUUUUGUCGGCUUCGAAAGAAAUUCCUGCGCAAAAUUUUCCUAAACCUAAGAAAAACUCCCUCAAUUAUUUAUGGUUCCUAUUUAUAUUUGUUUAUUUUAAUCAUACCAUCAACCAACAGAAACAUAAGAUUAAACCCAAAAGCUCCCAGCUAAACUCAUUUAACCACAACUCAAAUCAUUCUCAAAGAAAAAACUAUUAUAAUAAAGCAAAUUGCUUUCUAAAGAAAGCUAACAACAGAAGAAAAAAUAUUAAUAUUAAACAAAAAUAAUUCAAGUUUAUAAAAUGGCAAAAAAAGUUAAGAAUAGACAAAAUACAAGCUUCAAUCAAAAUGUCUUAUUUUUAACCACCAAGCGACCUAAGAAUCAGAAUUAAAUCUACUUGCUAUAAUAAAUAUUGUACGUAAUUAGGAGACAAUUGAAUCAUGGAAAGGAAUAAUGUAAAUUUUAAGUAAAAUUAUUAAAAAGGAAAAUUAAAUCUGACAAAUGGAAAAGAGAAAAUUAAAUUGAAGGACUAUAAUCUCGAGGAAGCAGAAAGCAAAACAAUUUGUGGCAAUUGUGGUUGAAGAAAUUUCCCAUUUAAGCAUUGAGCUACUAAUACGCUUUGACUUUUCAACAAAGGAGUUUAUUCAUUUUUGUCUGGAAAACCACCUUAUUUGAAGAAGCCAUCGGGAUAGCUGUAUUAAUUAAAAGGGAAUUAUAAAGAGAACAAGAAAUCGCAAAAGAAACUUUCAAAGAGGGAUCAGAUGGAAAAAAAAUUGUCAAUUUUUUGCUCAAAAAUGUAAACAGUGACGUCACCAUUUGAUAUUCCUAACAAAUUAUUUUAUAAAAAUAAGAAUGACUUUGCGUUUUUUGCUUUUAAAAAUAUUUCACAAAUGAAUCCUUUUUGUUUAAGUUUCUAAAUUUCAGACAAUCGCAAAAAGCGUUAUAAAUUUCACAUCAAUUGCCACAAACUUGUUAAACACGUAAAAAAGGAAAAUAAUAAAUAAAUUCCCAAUUGCGUCCAGCUUUUUACCAUCGUAAAAAAUAUUUUUAUUUUAGCAGAGAUUUGAUGAAGCAAGAAUUAAAAAUUAAAAUUGCAGGGCAUGGCACGGUUGCAGCAAUUUAUUAAAACUAAAAUGAAAACAAAAUGAAAUUGUAAAAAAAGGAAUAUCAUUAAAUAGUUAAAGGACAUUAAGUAGAUAAUAAAUUUAUUGUUAAUCAACAAGUUAAUCAAGUGAUUGAUAAAAAAAAGCAAAGUCACAAAUUGACUUCUUUCUUGCUUAAUAUUUUAAGCAGUGAGUGAUGGAAAGUUCAUAAGAAAGAAAGGAAUGGAGAAAGUCUUAAUUAAUUUUCAUGCAUGCCAAUGGAAUCAUCUUCUAAUUAAUCAACAGAAUUCUGAGAAAAAAAAAAGAUCAUGAAAAACUCAUUCUUCAAAUAAACAUUGAACUUUUACCUUUCAACCUUAAAAUGAGGGUUUCAUCACCACUCCACUUUAGAGAAGUGAGUUGAAAUGCAAGAAAAAUCACUGAGAAAAAAAUUUCCAAAAAAUGGAAAAAAAAACUUUAUAUAAACUAAAAUGCCUCACGUUUUAAUGUUAUUUAAAACCCUUUAAAGAAAACAUUCUAACUCAUCGCCAUUUUAAGAAUUAUUCGUUUUUUUUUUCAACUCCUUUUCCCUCUAGAGCUUUCUUUUCUCUCAACGCGCUCUCCUAAUAUCUCUCAAAAAAAUGCAAUACCUACAUAAAAUAUCAUGAAACUGAAAAUAAAAAAAAAUAUUUAAAAUAAUAAAUUAUAAUAACCCAUGAAAAAAGAAAGGUAAUAAAAAAACAUACUGUGUAACGUAUAAAGAAAAGUGAAAAUAUUUUUGCUAAAAUAUGAGAUGGAAAAGAGACAGAAGUAAUAAAUAAAAUCAUAAAUAAUGCUAAA